UACAAGCGCCAUGUUGAUCUAAUCCCGGAGUGGUGACGCGCGGCCUCUCUGACUUUAUAUUGGAUUUUUAGUGGUGAUUGCGGGAGACAGUGCGCCUAAACUAGCAUGCUCGCGGCUGCCAUGAGCGGGAAGCCUCCGAGCCGGGAAUAAUGUCUCAGAACGCCGCCCAGAGCACCACCACCACCAUCACCCCUACCGACACCAUCGAGGGCACCAACCCCGCCGACUGCAGCACCAGCCCAGGCAUCGUCGGGCACACGCUGGUGGUGACGGAGGAGGACUGGUGCUCGGCGGAGGAGGGCAGCGACGAGGAGUACGAGGAGAGCUCUUCCCUGGAUGGCGAAGUCGGGGGCGGGACCAGCGGGGUGGGCGGCCGCCUCAAGAAACUGGUCAACAAGGGGCGGUGGAACAAGGAGGAGGAUGAGAAGCUGAAGGGCCUGGUGGAGCAGCACGGGGAGAAGUGGGAGGUCAUCGCGGGUUGGUUCCUGGACCGUAGCGAUGUGCAGUGUCAACAGAGAUGGCACAAAGUUGUCAACCCGGAGCUGGUCAAGGGGCCGUGGACUAAAGAGGAGGACGAGAAGGUGAUCGAGCUGGUGGACAAAUACGGGCCGAAGCGCUGGACUCUGAUCGCGAAGCACCUGAAGGGUCGCAUCGGGAAGCAGUGUCGUGAGCGUUGGCACAACCACCUCAACCCGGCCAUCAAGAAGAGUGCCUGGACCGAGGAGGAGGACCGCAUCAUCUACGAGGCACACAAGCAAUGGGGGAACCAGUGGGCCAAGAUCGCUAAGCUCAUCCCCGGCAGGACGGACAAUGCCAUCAAGAACCACUGGAACUCCACCAUGCGACGCAAGUACGAGGCGGAGAUGACAGCGGCGGGGCGCAAGAAGACCCGCGGGGGUGCCGGGGGGCCGCGCCAGCCGCCCCAGGCCCCGCCCCCGCCCCAGCCCCACUACACCCAGGACUACUUCCAUCUCACGGACAUCAUGGGCCCCCCUCUCAACCACCCCAGCCACCCCCACCAUCACCACCACCACCACCACAACCAAGGCCUGCCCCCACCACCCCCUCCACACAGCCUCUACACCCCCAGCAGUAAUGGAGGGGGCGGGGGCUACCAGGCCGGGGGAGGGGGUACGCCAGGCCCCCCACCACCCGCACCCCAGCAGCCCCCCCACCAGGAGUACCACCCCCAGCAGCACCCCGGGUAUGAGAUGCCCCCCCUACCCCCUGCCUUGGGAACUCCUGUGCCAGUCAAGAAUACGUCGCCUUAUGACCAAGAUGCGUAUUCACAGGGUUACUGGGAGCAGAACAGUCCCUACGGUGGCAACUAUGGGGGUGGAAUGGUUCCCCCCGGGCCCUCCCCCACCCCGGUGCACCCCGUCCCCUCUCCCCACAGCCUGCACCAGCCCGGCACCAUCGUGGACAACUUGGGGGUCAGGGUCAAGGAGGAGGUCACAGGGGGGUGCUCGCCUCAGAUGACCUCGCCCAGCAGCAUGACGGGACCCAUUGACUCCCCACAGAUCAACGUCACCACCUCCACACCACCUCCAGGAGAGCCCACCCCCCCUCAGCCAUACCCCCACUACACCCCCCACCCCUACCACCCCACCCCCACACCCUUGGCCCCUCAACAACAACAACAGCAGCAGCAACAACAACAACAGCAACAGCAGCACCCCCAGCAGCAAGCCCCCCCACCCCCCAUCGCCACCUCGGUCAGCCCCCCACUCAACCAAGGCUUCCUCCUCACCCCGGAUAAGAGUUCCAUCUAUCACGACCUGGGUAUCAUCUCGCCCCUCAAGUACUUUGAUGAGCUGGGUUCACUGUCGCCCCUGAAGCAGGACCGAGGCAGCCUGGAGUCCCUCAAGGUGGACCUGGACAUGGGAGCCUUUGAGCUGCUCACCUGUAGCCCCGUCAAGAUCAAGCAGGAGAUGGUUCAUGAGCUCUCCAGCAUCAUGUCCACCCUCCCCCACUCCUACGCCCCCUCCUACACCCCCCUGACCCUGCCCUCCUUCAGCACCGUCAGCACCUCCACCACCUCCACCUCCACUCGGAACUCCAUCCACACCACCACCACCUGCACCAAAUCUUCCUCUUCCUCCACCCUUGCCUCCACCCACCCCUCCUCCACCACGGUCACCACCACAACCACCACCACCACUCCGGCCUCCCUCAACCUCAGCAGCAGCAGCAGUCACCACAACGCCUCCUUCACCUCCCACAACUCCUCGCGCCUCUCCACGCCCCCGAUCCUUAGGAGGGGGCGGAGGAAGCAGCCGUCACCCUCGAAACGCCACUUCUCCUCCCUGGAGCAUGGGGAGAGCCUGCUGACCACCCCACAGAAGGUCAGCCCCAUGCACAGCCUCCCCUUCAGCCCCUCACAGUUCCUCAACAGCCCCAACCUCUCCUUUGACACCAACCUCACCUCCACCCCAGUCCUUGGCACACUCCCCUCCUCCCAGUCCACGCCACUCCAGCACCCCAUCUCCUCCACCUCCAAUGUACUCCGCACCUCCUCCACCGCCCCAUCCACCACCUGUACGCCCCCCAACGCACCCUCGGCUACUUCCUUGUCCUCCACAUCUACCUCGGUGGUGUUGUCAGUCGGUGGUCAGCCCAGGACGCCCAAAUCCCGACGUGCGCUCCUGCAGUCUGCCCCGAAAACACCGACCCCUCUGAAGAAUGCCCUGAGGGAGAUCGAGAAGAAGAGUGGCCCACUGAAGCACCUGCCCCAGACACCCACACACCUGGAGGACAUAACCGAGAUCAUCCGCAAGGACACAGAGAAGGAGAGAAGCAAGUUUGAGACCCCAUCAUCCGGCGGGACCAACCUCCGCAACCAGUCUGGGAUAUACGACAGCGGCUACGGGACAGUCAAGCGGAAGGCCCCACCGUCCUCUACACCUGGCGGAAAGGAAAACUCCCCCAGCAAGAAGGCGCGGAAGGCCCUCCUCCACUCCUGGUCCACCCCGGGAGAGAUCCAGGUCCCCGGCUUCCGCUCUGAACCUCUUGCCCUCAUGCCUGAGACGCCGAGCAAGAGCCUGAUAGGGGACUCCUCUGUGCUCUUCUCCCCCCCCUCCAUCAUCCGAGACACCCUGCCCGAGGAAGGCCACCCCCUCUCCUCCCCCUCAUCCAUCCUGCCUGACAAGACCACCAAGAAGCCGAGCGAUCCAGAAAUUGGUUGCGUUAAGCGGAUUUCCUUCUCUGAGGGCCAGACCAGCAAGGCCACGCUCUCAAAGUUGGACGUGAGGUGGGAGAUGGUAGCCUGUGGGAAGACCGAGAACCAGCGCCGCCUCACUGAGCAGGCGAGGCAGUUCGUGACGCAGGACGCUACGACACUGAAACCGCGCUCUCUCAACCUGUGAAGGAGGAGGAGGAACAGAGGACCACAUGAACAGAAGGCAGCACCCAAACCACACUUCCUUAAUCUGUAAAAAAGAAGAAAGAAAGAAGAAAGCAACACAAAUGUAGAUGAAGAAGCAGUAUAGCCUUGUAACUAUGGACGAAGAAAAAAAUAUACAAGAGAACGCAUGGAAGAGUCAAAUAAAUCUCUUAAACAACUUGCCUUAAACUCUAUAUUGGAAAAGGAAGAUUAAUAUGAGAAUUACACCAACACUUCCUUAGCCUCUAAAUAAGGACAAAGAACAUAGAAGAAAAUGAAUAGCAAAAGAACUUAUGAAAAAAACAAAUAUAACUUAAACAAAUCACCUCAACCUCUAUAGAAGAAAAGGAGGAAGAGGAUGACCAAUUUAAGAACAACACUCAAGGCUGCUCUCUCUUAAUAUGGAAAAGGAAGAGAGAAAACGAGGGAGCAAGAACAACAUAGGGAAAACGAGAGAAUGGAAGGAGACGUUUUCUUGUGUUGUAGUGUUGCGUGACGGUGGCGUGUGUUCCGGGUGUGUGUGAGAAAGAGAACACACAGAAUAUAGAUGUUGCGAGUGUGUGUAACUGAAAAACAAACACACACAAAACGGACAAGUCAACACAAAACAUUCAUCUAUAAAUCUUCACAACACUAGAAAAAGAAAAUUUAAAGAAAAGAAAAACAAAGGAAGUUCUGGAAUAAUGGGUGUUGCAAGUGUACAUAAGAGAGAGCGAAAAACACACACACGCACACACACACACAUAAGAAUAUAAUCAUGGGUUUUAAUCAACAAAUUUCACACUAGAUGCAUGUAUAGCCUAAAAAAUGUGCAUGCCUGUGUGUGUGUAGGGGUGUGUGUUGGUGUGUGUGUGUGUGUGUGUGUGUUCUCGGAAAAUCUGAUAUUCCGUUUGGAGAAGGAGAGGAGGAGGAGGAGGAAGAGGAAGAGGUGGAGGAGGAGGAAGAGUAGAGCCUCGAGUACCUUAUAUAACAGUAGCGUUGAUUGGGUGUUAGUUAGUAAAUAGCAAGGUUAGUGUUUUGGGAUGGAGGUGGUGUGAGGUGAUGGGGCUGUCUCUCCCUUUGUUUUUUAUCUCUGCCUCUUGCUAUGUCUUCUUCCUUUGUUGUUUGUGUCACUAUGUCUUUUGCUAUCUCCCCAUUUUUUAUUGUAUCUUUCUUCCUCUCAUUAUUCUCAGUUGUCAUCUUUGUUUUCUUCUCAUCCCUUUUCCUCUCUUUCCCUCUGUACUUCACUGUCUCCUUUGCUGUUUCUCUUCUCCUUACCUCUUCUUUUCUCUCCACUGUCGGUCCUCUCCAUGUCUCUUACCCCUAUCCUUCUCACUUAUCUACUUUCUCUCCGUUUCCUUCUCUAUCUCCUUCCUCUGUCCCUCUUCCUCUCCUUCUCACUCACUCACUCCUUUUCUGUCCUUCACUGUCUUUUCUCCUUAUCUCUCCUCCUCCUCCUCAUCACAUUCCUUUUUCUCUCCUCACUCUCUCACUUAUUCCUCUCUGUUUCUUACCUCCAUAUUUCUUUCCCUGUUAAACUAUCUAUCCAUCAUUCUUCAGCUUUUCUAUCUCUCUCUGCACAACCCCAGCCUCACACAGCUACCCUCCAUCCCCAUUAGGCUGUACAUUAUAUAAAGUCCCAGUAAUGAAACCAAAGGCCCAAAAAUUAGGGAGCAAGGGAGUCGGGAGGGAGAGGGAGGGAGAUCAAACUUUACCUCACCAUUAAACGAAGAGGAGGAAGAAGAAGAGGAAGAGGAGGAGGUAUAGUUUUAAGAGGGUGGUGAUGUGUGUGCUUAAGGUGGUGGUGAUAUGUGCGAUUAUUAUUAUUAUUAUUAUUAUUAUUAUUAUUAUCAUUAUCAUUAUUAUUAUUAUUGUUUGUUUAUUAAUAUGUGAGUUGGUGGCAUGUAAACACUGGUAAUGGGAAGAUAUAUUAAUUAUGUAUCAUUAUUAUUAUGUCUUAGAAGUGUCCUUGAGAAUUGUCUAUAUGCAUUCAAUCUUUUAUUCAUUUUUUUAUUAUUAUUUCAAGUGUUUUUGUAUAUCGUUUGGCAGCUGUGGUGGUGUCUGGUCCCCCCCCUAACACACACACACACACACACACACACACACACACA